CCCGUGACGGUCAUGAGGGGUUUUCUGCCCCUCUCUGCUCUCCGGCACACUGAGGUAAGAGAUAUUUGAGGAGUGAAAUAACACAGAGCUCUCUUUCUGGGUCUUUUUGAGAAAGCUCUCCGAACCAGAGGAACAGUUCUCUGCAAGCCAAACAUCCAUUUCGCUUUAUGAAGUGCAAUCGUACAGACGGGAUGCCUCGUGGAGACUUUAACAUCUACUUUUCCAGCGGCAGACGAGGAGACGUCAGAGCUGAAGAGGCACUGGGCAUAGCCCUGCUGGUGGUCAUCCUUGCGGGUCUCCUCAUCCUUGGCUGCUGGUACUUCAAGAAAAGGAGUGGCUACAGAAUAAUCAGGAGCUCCAGAUCAGGUUCACCAAAUCACAUGGGGGGUCACUACUCAGAGGCAGGACCUUCAGCAGAUAACAAGAUGGCUCUCACUGAUUUUGGCAGCUUACGACCUGUGGUUCCAAACGCUCCUCCAGCCUAUGAAAAGAUUUCCUCAGGGCCGCUGCCUCCUCCCUAUUCCCCCUGAAGGAUCUCUGUUGAAGACGGAUGUCUUAUGAGGAAUGGAAAAAAUGUUUUUGCCUGAUGAUAAUUGGAUUUUUCAUAUCACUUUCAUUAUAGCUCUGCACGCUUUGUACUUUAGCAUACACACAGAUGAAAUUGCUGUAUCUCUCACUUUGCAAAAUGACUUACUUGAUUGACCACAACGUAUGUACUGUAGGUAGUUUGAAUAAACAUUAUAGAAGUGACUUCACAAAUCUGUGUAUAAAGAAUGAGCACAGAGACAUUCUUUCGGGACAAUCGCAUUGUUUAUUUCCAUGCAGUAGCGUCCACUAUUAUUCAAUGAAAAUGUACCUAGUGAAUAUUUUUUGAAAAAUCUAUAUGAUAAAAAUAAAUAAAUGUGACUUCAAAACAUUUA